AUGCCGUCCGCGACCUGGGCCUCCGCCCUGGUCUUCCUCUUCCUCGCGACCCUGUGCGCCCUGAUUCCGCCCGUCUCCGCGGCGGAGUGGUCCAAGCUCAAGGUGUGCUCCGAUCUGGGCUUCUGCCGUCGCCAGCGGCACUUCAGCCUUGCCAGCGGCCUGGCGUACUGCGUCGUCGUCGACACGAUCGGCCGCGCGCAAUGGCGCGGCAUGCCGGCCAUCGUGGCCACCGUCGUCUCCACGGCCCCGGGCCACCCGGAUCUCACGCUCGCCGUCAUGGACGUCGGCAUGCACACCUUCCGCGUCGCCCUCCACGAGGUCGAGCCCCUGCUCCCGCGGUACGUCGUGCGCGACGCCCUGGCCGACGGCGUCCAGCCGCGCUCGCUCGACGACGCCACCCUGGUCAUACACGCCGAUUAUGCAAACAUCUUCAGGAGCGACGCCCCGGCAAGGGUCAGGAUUAUGUUCGACCCGUUCAGAGUCGAGCUCGUGAGAGAGGAUGAUGCGCAGGUCCUCGCAGUCCUCAAUGCUGACGACAGGCUGCAGGUCGAGCCGCUGCGGGAGAAGCCGCCGCCGAGUCCGAGUCCGAGCCCGAGCCCGAGCCCGAGUCCAGAGCCUUCGUCGAAGGAGAAGGCUGAGGGCAGCCCGUCCGAUGCCAAGGCGCCUUCUGUGGCGGGAGCCACGCCCGGGGAAGAGAACGAGGACGCCGGGGACGAUGACUAUGACGCGUAUGAGGACGAACAUGAUGACGAGGUUACGGGCGUCGCACGGAAGAAGGAAGGAGAGAGUGGUGACGAGCGUGGCGAUGGCUGUGACGGAUGCUGGGAGGAGAGGUUCCAGAGCCAUACGGAUUCCAAGCUCCGGGGGCCGGAAUCGGUUGGUGCGGAUAUGGCAUUUCCGUUUGCUGAACACAUAUACGGCAUUCCUGAACGUACGAAGCGCUUUUCUCUGGAGGACACAGUUGACGCGGAAGGGAACGCCACGUCUGAACCGUUUCGGAUGUACAAUCUCGACGUCUUCGAAUUUGAGCUUGACAAACCUCUUGGCUUGUACGGCGCCAUUCCCUUCAUCACAGCCAGAAACAAGGCAGAUACGGUGGGCAUGGUAUGGUUGAAUUCGGCAGAGACUUUUGUUGAUAUCCGAGCGAAGAAGGAUUCCGCUGGCAAGAGCACGCACUGGUUUUCGGAAAGCGGCAUUAUUGAUGUAUACUUUCUGCCUGGCCCUUCGGCGAAGGAUGUUUUCCAGCAAUACCUGAGGUUGACUGGUAGUCCUGCGAUGCCCCAGCGAUUUGCCUUGGGAUAUCAUCAAUGCCGAUGGAACUACAGAGACGAAGCAGAUUCUAAAGCUGUCGAUGCUGAGUUUGACAAACGCGAUAUUCCAUAUGACGUGCUGUGGCUUGACAUCGAGCAUACUAAUGGCAAACGCUACUUCACAUGGGACUACAGUCGCUUUCCAGACCCCACUGCCUUGCAAAAUCACAUCGCCGCGCGUGGGAGAAAAAUGGUCACAAUCAUUGAUCCUCACGUCAAGCGCGACAAGAACUAUGCAUUGCAUCAGUUUGCCACUGAGCAAAAGUACUACAUCAACAAGCCCGAUGGCACCCCUUUUGAUGGAUGGUGCUGGCCAGGAUCAUCUAGUUACUUUGACUUUACGAGCCCGACAGUUCGGCAAGCGUGGGCGAGUCGGUUCAACCCCAAAGAUUACCCUCAUUUUACAGAGCAUUUAUACACAUGGAAUGACAUGAAUGAGCCGUCGGUGUUCAAUGGACCAGAGGGCACAAUGCAGAAAGAUUUGCUACAUGGCGAUAACCUUGAACAUCGUCAUGUCCACAAUAUCUAUGGGCACUAUUUUAUGCAAGCUACGUUUGAAGGCCUGCUACAAGGUCAUGGUGGGAAUGACAGACCGUUUGUGUUGUCUCGCAGUUUCUUUGCAGGAAGUCAGCGAUACGGGGCGAUAUGGACUGGAGAUAAUACAGCAUCAUGGGAGCACUUGGCGAACAGCGUUCAAAUGCUACUACCGCUUCAGAUAACUGGAAUGGUUUUCUCAGGGGCAGAUGUCGGAGGAUUUUUCGGGAAUCCUGCGCCUGAACUUUUGACAAGAUGGUAUCAAGCUGGUGCUUUCCAGCCAUUUUUCAGGGGGCAUGCGCACUUAGACACGAAUCGUCGGGAGCCGUGGCUGUUUGGAGAACCUUUCACCGGUUUGAUAUCACAGGCGAUUCGAAGGCGUUAUGAGUAUAUUCCAUUAUGGUACACUUUGUUUGCUGGAAACGCGUUGGGCCAAAGUGGGGAAUUCGGUGAAAGUUGGCGGGGACCACCCAUGCGUCCCAUGUGGUGGGAAUUCCCAGAGGAUGAGGAAGCAGACACGAACGAAAGGCAAUGGAUGGUUGGAAAUGCGCUCUUGGUUGCUCCAGUUGUCAAAGAAGGAGCAUCUAAACAUACAGUGUACUUGCCAGACAAUGAGUUGUGGUACGAUUUGUAUGAUCCAAGCGGGUUUGGAAAGGCUGUUGUCAAGGCUGGGAACGUAGAGAUAGAAUGCGAGUUGGACCGCAUGGUGGUUCUACAACGCGGAGGGACGAUCGUACCAAAACAAGAACGGCGGCGUAGAAGCACUGCGGCAAUGGGGCGGGAUCCGUAUACGCUAGUAGUGGCCCUGAACGCGAGGCGAGAAGCGGAAGGGGAGUUGUACAUGGAUGACGGGAAGUCGUACGACCACAAGAGCGGGGCAUACGUGGUGCGGCGGUUUAGGUUUGCCGACAACACGCUCUCGGUGGAGACUGUCGGAGGCGGCAAGAAACCGUUCCAUGGCAGUGACGCGCUGGUCGAGCGGGUGGUGAUUUUGGGAUACGGCGGUCGGGGCGCGGGGUCUGCGACGGUGGAGGGACGCACUGUGGACGUAGCGUACGCGGCUUCUACGGGGGUGCUGACGGUGCAACGGAUUCAGGUCAAGGCUGGAGAUGGGGACUGGGCGUUGAAGGUGGAGUGA